AUGCGCGCCGCCGGCGACAUCCUCCAGAACAGGCGGGGGGCGCGGCUGGACUCGCUCGACGAAGAAGGAGAAGGAGAGCAGAGCACAACCGAACAUGACAGCGCCUCCUCUCGAGCCGGCGAAGAAGAAGGCGCGAGCGUGCCCAAGGAAGGAGUGGUCGUUGACGUGGCGGUGGAGUCGAAGGCUGACGAGGAGCCCAACAACAACGAGGAGGAGGAGGAAGUGCCGGUGGAGCAGUGGGCUCCCUCAGAGACAGGACCGCAGCCCGAGGGGGUACGGCAGCCGACAGUAGCCGCGGCGAGUAGAGCGGAUGAGGCAAAGGCAGAGGCAGAGGAAGUGGAGGCAGAUCCGCCACCGAGCGAGCUGCGGAAGAGCUCCGAGGGGAGAGAACGAAAGAAGAAAGAAGAGAAAGCGAAGCAAAUGCGGGUGCACAUAUCCAAGGAGAUCUUGUCCAGCGAAAUGAAAUACGUGCACAACCUGGACUUCCUCAUCAAGAACUUCAAGGAGUCGCUGACAAGCGAGAACGCGGCCUCGCCCGAGGAGGUGGACAGCAUCUUCUCCAACAUCACUCUCAUUUGGAACUUCAACAAGACGCUGCUGGCGGAGCUCGAGAAUCAAUUCGCGAUCGCGGAGGAGUCGCCGAACCUCGGCAAAGUUUUCCUCGACAUGGCCUGGCUGCAGCAGGCCAACACCAAGUCCGGCAAAACCGGAGACCUGGCAUCGUACCUCAUUCAGCCCGUGCAGCGCCUUCCCAGGUGCGGCUGCGUGCGUGAGGUCAUGGUGCGAGAGGUGACCAAGGACAUCAACGAGAUGCGUCGGUAUGCCGAGAACCUGGAGAAAGUGUUCAAGGUGCAAACGAGGCUUACGGAAAUGGCCGGGAGCGACGAGGUGCCCGAGGAGUUGGUGCAGCCAUCCAGAAUCUACGUGCGCGAAGGCGAGCUGAUACGAUGCGACCGAGGCCGGCGGCGGAAACAGUACCUCUAUCUGUUCAACGACAUCCUGCUUUGUGUCGAUCUGGAGGCCAUCACGUUUUGGUACCCGUGGCGGAUCGACGCCGUGGCCUCCCUCGUGGGCGCCAAGCCUUGCGCGUCGCCCUCCGUGCGUGAGGUCCACGCGUUCCAGGUCGUAUUCCGAAGCGGCGAGGUGUUCACCUUCAUCUGCCCCUCGCAGGAGGAGAAGGAGUCCUGGUUCAUCUCCGUGCAGGAGCAAAUCACGCACCUGGAGAAGACCCGUGCGACGAAGCAGGCGAGGCUGGAGCAACUGAGCAGCAGUAACAGCAGUGUGUCUGUAGCACCCGGCAGCCCCCACGUGCUCAGAGAAGAGGACUUUGAGAUGAUCGGAGGUAGGAACAACAUCAGCCAAAUCGCCGGGCGAAAAACGGCCCCGCGGCGCAGCACGCGGCUGACCCUAUUGAAGGAGGGCUAUCUGACAAAGCAGGGCGGCUUCUUCCCCAGCUGGAAGCGGAGAUGGUUCAUUCUCAGGAGGAACAGGCUGGCGUACUACGAAAGUCGUGAGAAUUCACUCCCGCUCGGCUUCAUUGAUCUGCGACGGAUGGCUGCCGACACGGCCCAGGACUGCGACGAAUGGAUGGCAGUCCUCAAGAUGGCGACGGCAAUGGUGGCCCGAUCCUCGUCGGGUACGCCCGCGAGGACCACCUCCGACGAUACGCUGACCGCCUCCGGCCGAUUCACCCCGUUGCGAGUGCCGCUCUCGUUUCAGUUUUUCUCGCCGUUCCGGGACGACGAGAAGUCGCGGGCCGAUUUCGCCGACGAGGACAGCAGCGACUACAGCGACAUCGAGGCCGACGACGAGGAGAACGAAGGCGAAGCGGAGGUGGGCGUGGAUGGCGGAGGGAAGAAGAAGAAGAAGGUGUCGGAGCGACGGGAGAAGGCCAAGGAGAAGGCGGGAGAGGAGGAGGAGGAGGGCGAGGAGGGCGAGGAGGGCGAGUGGACGUGCCCGCGCUGCACGUUCGUCAACAGACCGUCGUUCCUGGUAUGCGACGUAUGCAAUGAGAUCAGGGACUUCCGCGAGCAGAGCAAGAGGUUCAGCCAGCGUGACGACGACGGCGAAGAAGAAGACGGAGCGGGCACGGCCAACGACAUACGGAAGGGCUUCGACGGCCAAGGCGGCGACCAGUGGCUCAUCCGAUUCGACGAUGUACACAAGGAGCCGGAGAAGCUGCCGAAGACGAGUACCGAGAGCGGAGCCAGCGCGACUACGAACAAUUUUGAUUCGGCGCCUCAGCAGACGGACCUUGGGGACCCCAAGGCGGACGCAGGCGCCGGUGGCGGCGGUUCGUCGUCGCCAGGCACCGGGCCUCGACGCAGCGGCAGCGGGCGGGGGCUGGAGGCCCGGAACCUGCUGUCGGUCGACACAAACGCGGACUUCAACCUCCGACGGCGGACCAGCAUCGCCGACGACGACCAGGCCGAGCUCGCGCCCCCUCUGGAGGGCGACGUCAGCUCGCGGCAGCAGGCCGCGACUGCGACCGCGACCACCGUUGCUGCUGCGGCCACGGCGGCUGCAGGGCCAGCGCCGGCAGACAGCGCGGCCGUCGGCGGUGAUGUGGGCCAUCACCAGGAGAAGCCGGAGGACUUCAGCAAUUUUGCGGAGCAGCUCUCGGGCAAGCGGAUCAACCCGAUGAUGGCGCAGUCCCUACUGUUCGACAGGGGCCAGCAGCGGUCGCGUCGGGGGAAGAAGGCGCCCUCGGAGGGCCACACGGCUGACGGCGACGACAAGGCCAAGACGCUCGACUCGGCCCUGCUCAUGCGCCUGCGCAGCGCCACGGCCUCGGGGGCGUUGGCGAGCUCCAAGUCGCACUCGCUGAAGGAGCCCUGGCGCGCCCGCCAAUCUCCAGCCUCAAGCGCCGAGCAGCCGAGAUUGUGCGCCAAGCCGGCGGAGGCGCUGGUGCACGUGUGGUCCAAUCAGAAAACGGUGUCGAGCGGCGAGGUGACGUUCUUCAACCCUGCGGUCGGCGGCGAUUCCGGGUUCCUGGGGUUCGUGGCUCGGCCCUACUGGUUCGAGGCCCAACUGGGCCAAACGAUCACGAGACACGAGCUGCGCGAGGCCGAGCAGGCCAGGGGCACCACCUGCCCGGUCUGGACCUACACCGAUCUCGCCCCGAUCUCACCUCCUCCGCCAUCUGACACGGCCGCCACGACCACACCACCACAACGCGACGUCGUCAACGCCUCUCCCUCUUCUUCUCCUUCGGCUUCGGCCUCGCCUUCCACGCCGUUACUCGUGCGACCGGCCAGCUAUCGACUUUUGUGGAAAGACACCGGCCUGAAUUCCCGAGCGCGGUGCUCGAUCUGGCGGCCACUGCCACCGUCCGAUGACUACGUGGCCGUUGGGUUCCUCGUCGCCGACGCCUACAAGCCUCCCGACCCAGAGCGCACCAAUCUCAGGAGUCUGCUUCAAGAGGCGCGCGUCAACCCGCAGCCGGUGUGGACCAACCGGGACUCGAGCAGCCACUACAAGCUCAGCAUCUGGCAGGUGGCCGCCCUCGACGCGAGCUCUGGCGGCGAUGGCGCGCCAGACCGUGAUUAUGGGGAAGAUCGAUUCUUCGUGGCCGUGUCGGGGCACGAUCCGCCCACGACGCCCGUCUACGUCAUUCGGCCCGGCGUCGUCCUUCCCUGGCGGCCAACACCUUCAACCGCGGACGACGAACGUGACGGGAGCGGCCGCGUCGAGGACUCACCACCAAAACAAAACGACUAA